GGCGAUAUCAACUUAUUCGUAUACAUUCUGUCAGACUUCAGUAUUUUAUUUAGUCAGUAAUUUCUCUUUUCCUUUUUUUUUAUUUCAGUCCGAAAGCAGAAAUGCAGCAUUGCCCCUUUAACUGGGAACGUAUGACUUGCGUCUUACGUCAUCACGUACGUUAAUAAACAAACCCUCGCGCUGGGGUGCGGAAACAAGCACAGGUGUCUCUGUCUCUGUCUCUCUGAAGGUCCACAGAGGAAAUGAUCUACAUCAUAAUGGGAGUCUCUGGCUGUGGAAAAAGCAGCUUAGGGGCUUUUCUUUCAGAAAAGUUGGGCUGGCCGCUGCAUGAAGGAGAUGAUUUGCACCCACAGGAGAACAUUGUGAAGAUGUCACAGGGCGAACCACUCACAGAUGAGGACAGAUUACCUUGGCUCCUGCAACUACAUGGAGUCAUUCAAAGAGAAAGGGGUUCAGGCCGUGAUGGCUUUGUGACAUGCUCUGCCCUAAAGCGCCUCUACAGACAGAUCAUGCUGCAUGGGUCCAAAGCCCUUGACCAAGAGAUCCUGCCUCCUGCCCCUCCUGACGUCUUCUUUCUGUUCCUGCACGGCGACUUCAGUCUCGUCCAUCAGAGGAUGAUGUCGCGGACGGCCCAUUUCAUGAAAGCCGACCUUCUGCGUUCCCAGUUUGAGCUUUUAGAGCCUCCGUUGGGGGACGAGGAGAAUGUGUUGUCCUUAGACAUUGCAAGAAACAUUAAUGAUAUAGCUAUGGAGGUUGAAAAGCACAUUAUCAGCCUCAAGCCACAACCGGUGAAGCUGUAACCACUGCAGCAGACCAGACAUGAUGAGGAUAACCAUCAAGUGUUUUUAAGGGAAGGCAGUAUAGAAAUAAAUCAGUAUCUAGUGUGUGGAUUUUUAU